GGAAGUGGCGGUGCGGCACUUCCGGGUGGAAGAUGGCGGCCGCGGCGGGCCGGAAGCCAGUGCGGCAGGAGGAGCUGCGGCGGCUCAUGCGGGAGAAGCAGCGUGCGGGCGCGGGCAAGAAGCGCGUCGAGUCGCCCUUCGCUAAAUACAACCGCUUAGGGCACCUAAGCUGCACUCUGUGCAACAUGCAGAUCAAGAAUGAGCUGUUGUGGCAAACGCACGUGCUUGGAAAACAGCACAAAGAGAAACUUGUAGCCUUAAAAGAUGGUAAACAGGUAAUACCUGACCCUGCUGCUGGCACAUCAUCUCACCCUGCCAAAAGAAAAGUUCCUGACACAGAAAAUCAAGAAGUAAAGAGAACGAAAGGUUCAAAUGACCAGACACAGACUUCUACAGCUGUGCUACCCACAAACUUUUUUGAUGAACCAGAGCAAGCAGGUACAAAAGGACUGCUUUCAAAGGGUUCAGCUCCCACAGUACUGCCUGAAGAUGAUGAUGAUAAUGGUGACGAAGAGAAGGAAGAACAAAAAGAUGACGCUAGCAACUCUAGUGCACAAAAAUCAGAAAUUCUACCUCCAGCUCAAGAAGCAGUAGCUAACACUUUACCAGCAGACUUUUUUGACAACGGAACUGUAUCUGCUCCUAUAGUUUCCCAUUCUGGGUCCAUACAAAAACCAGAAGUACAAGAAAAAGCAGUGGAAAGGAAAGAAAAUACUGCAGAAGCAUUGCCAGAAGGGUUCUUUGAUGAUCCUGAAGUGGAUGCAAAAGUGCGAAAGGUUGAUGCUCCAAAGGAUCAGAUGGAUAAAGAAUGGGAUGAAUUUCAGAAAGCAAUGCGACAGGUCAACACAAUUUCAGAAGCAAUAGUGGCAGAAGAGGAUGAAGAGAUACGAUUGGAUCGUCAGAUUGGAGAAAUUGAUGAGCAGAUUGAAUGCUAUCGUCGUGUUGAACAGUUGCGUGACCGUCAGGAUAUGAUGAAGGAGAAAGUUAAAGAGGCCAUGAGAUUAAGAGCAAUCCAGCAGAAAGAGGAUGAGGAUAUUGGUAGUGAAGAUGAAGAAGAAUUGCAAGAUUUGUUGUCUCAGGAUUGGAGGGUGAAAGGGACUUUGUUGUAGCAUUUCAGUGACCUGGUCAAUCUACUGUUGAUUUGUAGUAUUACUUUACCAGAAGCAAACAUUUGUUAAAAUAUUUAUUUUAAAACAAAUCAUCAGAGAUGCUGAAAAGUCAACUGCAAAAAAGUCUGUCUUUAUCUUUUGUAGAUUUAAAAUGUACUAUUGAUGUAAAAAUUGUAUAUUGUAAAUGUUUUCUGAGGCUGAAUGUAACUUUCCUAUUAAAAUUCUUACUAUAAUAUCCUACUGAAAUUAUUUUAACAAGGAAGUAAUUUUAUAGUCAGCAGGCCAUUCUGGGAGUAUAACAUAAAUUUAUAGGAUGCUGGAGUUUAGGGCCAGCCUGGACUAUAAUUCAGUGCUAACCAAAACAGUGGUGGAUUGCAUAUUGUGAAAAACAAAAAGCUCUUGUUGCAAUCCUGUCCUUUUAGAAGCUGCAGUAGCUACCUGUGCAUACAUGAUCUUCCAGCGCACAAUCUCUCACAGCUGCUCUGUUGCAUGUGCAAAUGACCUAAAAAUCCAGCAGAUUCCAGAAAGAAUCCAUGCGCUGCUUUGUGUAAUCCCUUCUCCAUUCUAUCCAGCAGAGAAAUGGUUGAAAUUAGUUUUUUUUUCAACUCAAGAAACAACAUAUGGGAUAAA